AUGUGGUUGACCAGCUGUUUCCUGCGGUUUAACUGCCUCUUCACGGCGGCGGCGCCAGCUGCGGCCCGCGGGUCUCGGGCUGUGCAGCUCGGGGGACGGCCUGACGGGACUACAUCGCUUCCGGGCCGAGGCGGCAGCAGCGGCGGCGAUGGCGGCUGCUCCGGGGCCGGUGCCCCGCCCUCUCCGCCGGGUCACUUCCAGUGGCGCCACCCGCCGGGGGGACCGCGGUCCAACUGCUUCUUCAUGGCGGCGGCAGCGGCGGCCCGCGGGGCUCCGGCCGGGGAGGUCGGGGGACGGCCUGGCGCCGACACAUCGCUUGCCGGCGGAGACAGCGUUGGCGGCGGCGGCGGCGGCGGCGGCCUGAGCAAGUAUGCCACAGGGGUCUACAUACUUGGGAGUGUAGUGAGGGCAGUAUCGUUUGCAGUAAACAUUGGCUACUCGCAUGACCCUUAUACCCAGCAUUUUGUAAGACUGUCUAAGGAGAGGAAGGCCCCCGAAAUUAACAGAGGAUAUUUUGCUCGCGUCCAUGGCGUCCGUCAGCUUAUAAAGGCAUUUCUAGGGAAGACAGAAUGUCCCUGUGAGAUUCUAAAUCUUGGGGCUGGGAUGGAUACCACCUUCUGGAGACUAAAGGAUGAAGAUCUUCUCCCAAGUAAAUAUUUUGAAGUGGACUUUCCCAUGAGAGUCACGAGAAAGCUGCACAGCAUCAAAUACAAGCCUUUCUUAUUACAACCCAUUAUAGAAUGACAUUCAGAGGACACACUGCAAAUUGGUGGACACCUGUUGGAUUCAAAGAGCUAUGCCAUUAUCGGAGCAGAUCUCCGAGACUCACCUGAACUCGAAGAGAAGCUAGAGAAAUGUGACGUGAAUCCACAAUUGCCAACACUGCUGAUAACGGAACGCGUGCUGGUUUACAUGACUCCGGAGCAGUUGGCCAACCUUCUCAAGUGGGCAGCUAACAGUUUUGAGACAGCUAUGUUCAUAAACUACGAACAGGUGAACAUGGACGACGACCGGUUCGGACAGACCGUGAUCGAAAACCUGCGGAGGCGACAGUGUGACCUGGCGGGAGUGGAGACCUGCAAGCCGUUAGAGUCACAGAAAGAACAGCUCCUGUCGAAUGGGUGGGAAACAGCAUCAGCCGUCGACGUGCUGGAAGCGUACAGCAGACUGCCUCAAGAUGAAGCGAGCAGGUACGGAUUGGCGAGAGUUAGUUUCACGGCGAACAAUUCUGAUUGA